AUGGAACUUUUCUUAAAAGUCUUGUCCAAAGAAGUACUGAAACCAGAACAAUUACCCAAGGUUCUUCAGAGAAAUGACUUCCAGCUGGUCACUGAUAGAACCUAUUUCAUUGAUGGUUCCAACCAGGGUAUGAAAACCAUCCCGUCCGAGAUCUUGGCACUGAAAGAAUUAGAAGAACUGCAUCUGGAGAACAACCAGAUUUCAGAAAUCCCCCAGGACAUCCAGAAUUUAAAGAAUGUCAAGGUCCUCUACCUGCACAAGAACAAACUGCAGUGUCUCUGCUCGGAGAUGGGGUUUCUGAGCAGCCUGGAGUCGCUGGACCUGAGUGGCAACCCGCUGCUCUACUCCUCGCUGCGGAUACUCGGUUGUCUCCGCGCGCUUCGGGAGCUGCGGCUCUACCAAACCGGCCUGAGAGAGGUUCCCUCCGUGAUCUGCAAAUCGCUGCACCACCUGGAGCUGUUUGGGCUGUCGGGGAACCACCUGGAAUCGCUGCCCAAGGAGAUCGUGAACCAGAGCAAGCUCAAGGAGAUCUACCUGAAACACAAUCAGUUCUCGGCUUUCCCUGACGACCUCUGUGCCCUUUCCCACCUGGAGGUGGUCGAUCUGGACCACAACAAGCUUAAGGCCAUCCCGGAUGAAAUCGGGAACCUGGUGAGGCUGCAGAAAUUCUACGUGGCGUUUAACAACCUGCCUCUUAUACCGGAGUCUCUGAGCCGGUGCAGCAAGCUGUCGGUGCUGGAUUUGACCCAAAACCUCCUCCACUCCCUCCCGCCCACCCUGGAGCAGCUCACAGAGCUCACGGAGGUCGGGCUGAGUGGGAACCGCCUGGAGAAGGUGCCCCGCCUCCUGUGCCGCUGGUCGGCGCUGAACCUGCUCUACCUGCGCAACACGGACCUGUGCGGACUGCGGCGCUCCUUCAAGCGCCUGAUCAACCUGCGCUUCCUGGAUCUCAGUCAGAACCACAUUGACCACUUCCCCGCGCAGAUCUGCGCGCUCAGGAACCUGGAGAUCCUGGCGCUGGACGAUAACAAAGUGACACAGUUACCAUCGACCAUGGGCUCACUUUUAAAACUGAAGGUACUUGGACUCACAGGGAAUGACUUUUCAUCCUUCCCAGAGGAAAUCUUUCCCUUAACGUCUCUGGAGAAAUUAUACAUUGGACAAGACCAGGGAUCCAAGUUUACCUACCUGCCAGAAAACUUCAAGAAACUGAAGAAGCUUAAAGAACUAUAUAUAGAAAACAACCAACUGGAGCAGCUGCCUGCAUCCUUGGGGUUAAUGCCAAACCUGGAAGUUCUCGAUUGUCGGCACAAUCUUCUUAAGCAACUCCCAGACACCAUUUGCCAUGCACAAGGUUUGAGAGAGCUGCUGCUGGAGGACAACUUACUCACCCACCUCCCGGAGGACCUGGACCGCCUGGUGAACCUCAAGGUCCUAACACUGAUGAACAACCCCAUGGAAGACCCUCCAAUGGCAGUGUGUGCCCAAGGCAAUGAUGCCAUAUGGAACUUCCUGAAGGAAAAUAGAAUGAGGAAAAUAAUGGCCACGAAGAUUCAGGCAUGGUGGCGUGGAACCAUGGUGAGGAAAGGAUAUGGGAGUUUUGAAGAGCUACUGAGAGCCCGAAGAAAAGGGAAAAACUCUCCAAAAGAUAAGAAAGGGAAAAAGGCUGCUGCCAAAGGA